GGCCCACGGGACAGUAGUCCUUCCGGUGGUGCCUGGAUGUACCUGGACUCAGUGGAGAGUCGCUCUCAGCUGGAGAGGAGGGAAUCAAAGUGUUUUAAAUGGAGAGAGAGGGGUAACAGAUUUUACAUGAAUGUUUUCACACAUUUCUGACUGAUUUGGUGCCCUGCAGACUUCUAUCGUUUUCUGUAGCCUUGUCUACUAUAUGCUGAGAUGUAUACAUUACUGUCUGGGCUGUGGAAGUACAUGUUCCAAAAGGAUGAAUACUGCAUUCUUAUCCUAGGAUUGGACAAUGCAGGCAAAACUACCUUCCUGGAACAGACAAAGACUAAAUUUAGCAGAAACUACAAAGGAAUGAAUUUAUCAAAGAUCACCACUACAGUUGGCUUAAACAUUGGCACCAUUGAUGUUGGCUCAGCACGCCUCAUGUUUUGGGAUCUUGGAGGACAAGAAGAACUCCAGUCAUUAUGGGACAAGUAUUACGCAGAAUCCCAUGGUGUAAUAUAUGUCAUUGAUUCAACCGAUGAAGAAAGAUUAUCUGAAUCAAAAAUAGCUUUUGAGAACAUGAUCACAAGUGAGGUGCUAGAUGGAGUUCCCUUGUUGGUCUUGGCUAACAAACAGGACAUUGAGACCUGUCUCUCGGUUGGAGAUAUAAAGACGGCUUUCAGUGACUGUGCUCCAAAAAUAGGGAAGAGAGACUGCUUGGUGCAACCAUGUUCUGCCCUUACGGGGGAAGGUGUAAAUGAUGGCAUUGAAUGGAUGGUCAAAUGUGUGAUCAGGAACAUUCACAGACCACCAAGGCAAAAGGAUAUCACAUAAAGAUGUCACAUAAAACCACUCCAUAUUAGACUGGUUAUAAAUCGCGUUUCAUCAGAAAUGUCAAGUAAAGGUGGAAUCGGAUUUGUGGAACUCCAACUUUUACAAGUAACACCACACCUGAAGAUAAUUACCAUUUGAUAUUUGUGUUUUUUUUUUCACUUCAAACACCUCGUACUUUGUGGAUUUCUGUACCUUUUUGCAUGUGUUAUUUUGCAUGCAUUGAGAACGUCAUUGUAAUAUGUCCAAAUGCAUCAUAAUGGCUGUCACCAGUUUAGAAAGAAGUUUUUCCUCCCACCCAAUAGUUUUUCUUUUUUGUCUUUUUUUCCCCUAUGCUCUAAAAGGAAGCUUCAUGAUGACUGAUUCAAAAGUUCAGGAUGGAAAAGAUCUGUAUUUGAUGUUACAUUUGUUCAGUUAGCUAACCAUCACUGGAAUAUUGAUAGGAGCACAAUAAUCAAUAAUCACAAGAUCCCCCCCCCCCCCCAAUGGGUGUCACGGUGGCGCAGCGGUAGAGACCCGGGUUCAACCCUGACUACAAGUGCUGUCUGCACGGAGUUUGUACGUUCUCCCCAUGACCUGCGUGGGUUUAUCUCCGGCUGUUCUGGUUUUCUCACGCCCACCAAAUACGGACAGGCUUGUAGUUUAAUUGGCUUUGGUAAAUUUGUAAGUUGUCCCUAGUGUGUGUAGGAUAGUAUUAGUGUGCGGAGAUCGCUGGUCGGUGGGCCAAAGGGCCUGGCUCCACGCUGUAUCUCUAAACUAAACUCAAUUGCGAUACAACAGUCCUUUCCUGAAGCAUGUAUGGAUCAUAGUGGGAUGGGAAUAUAAUCGAACUUUGUCUUCUCCAAUCAGCCCAUAAACGUCUGACAUUGAUAUCUGAUCAAAGUUUAUCUAGCAAGGGACAAAAUGGGUUUAUCGCCUGUCAAAACAAGGGAAAAGCUGAGUAAUAGAUGGGGCACAUUGGUUCACAUCAGAGUGGUACUUCAUAUCUUGGUUUAUGAUGUUUUACAAUGUAACCUGAUAUGUAAUUUGAUUCAUAGUUUUUCAGGUGUAUUUAAUUCCAUUUAGAAACAAAAAUGUACAGGGUUAACCUAUUUUCCAAGAAAGAUCUGAGAUAAUUUACUGAAUAACAAAAUCAUUGCAAUGGAAAUACUAUUAAUCGAUCCAGAGUACACGAGAUAAGAUUGCAACAGGAUGGACUAGAUAUUUUAAAUAAAUUGUGUAAAAGCUGGAUAGAUUAUUUCUCUGAGUGCUUCAUCCUAACACUUUGUGAAUCUCUGAACUCGAUGAAACCCAGAAAUGCAAUGAGCACUUUUUUUUAAAUCUUUCUGCUGUCUUUGACGUUUGAAACAUUGGAGUUAACACUUCUUUUUUUCUUUGUGUCCAAUUAAGAACAGAUGCAACUGAAAUUGUGUAGCUGAUCCUGGCAAAAGGCAUUGUUCUUUCAGUUUGGCUCAUCACAAGGAUUGAGGCUAAAUAUCUAAACUACAUUCAUACUUUCCUGAGACUUUAAUUUGCGCUACUAAUAUUUAUAUUUCAAGUCAUUAUCCAAAAAUGUGGAUGGCAUCGACUGCCAAAAUUGGAUUCCAAUUAGUAUAUUUUCUUUUGUACAGAUCCACCACUUUUUUUUUUCUCUCCGACACCCUUGGUUCCAGAGCCUUGUCCAGGUUUACGCCUUUGUCAGACUAAUGGAGGUCACUGCCUCUGAGAGGAGUCCCAAUAGUCCACCUAGGCUGCCCUGGCACCGAGAUACUGGCCGGAGAAGUCGGCUGUGGGAAUGGAUCUGCCGGCUCCGGCCGGGCCAGAGUUCCCGAGCCCCGACCACGGGGGCAAAUUCUACCCGCCAACCGGCCACAGAGCCUCACCCGGCCUGGGCGCCACAAAUGGGAGGAGAUUUCAAGUUCACUCUUUUAAUUAGGACCACCAUUUGCCAGAAGAUCGGUGGUGAGCCUCGAGUACCUGCCUCAACUCAAUCAUACGGUGAUCUCUGAUGUAAUGCAUUCCAUUUUGUAUUCAACAAAUAAAAUUGCUUCUUGAUUCAA